GUUUUACCUGGGAGCAAAAUGAUGCAAGUCUUUCAGGUGAGACCAACCCAGGGUUUUAGGGUGGAGAAUCACAUAGCAACUCCAUGUGCUCACACUAGGAGAAAGAAGACACACUGCUGAGAUCCAGCAUUUUCCAGGUUUUCUUUUCAAGAGGUUCAAAUACUAGGACUGAAACAGCUACUCUGGGAUUUGUUCACAGGAGAAAUCAGAAAUCAUGGACUGGCUUGCUUUAAGAACUGUGGGAGUUCUGGUCAUUUUAAUGGUGGUGGUGGAGGUCAACUGUACAUUCUGGGUAGAGGUAAAAGGACAAAAUGAAGAAGAUGGCACAGCAUUGCAGAAGCCCCUCAGAAGAUAUAAACGUGAAUGGGUUAAAUUUGCAAAACCCUGUCGAGAAGGAGAAGACAAUUCAAAGAAAAAUCCAAUUGCUACUAUUAGUUCAGAUUAUCAAAAACAUCAGAAAAUUACAUAUCGUAUCACUGGAAAAGGAAUUGACCAGCCUCCUUAUAAUGUCUUCGUUGUUAACCCCAGAACUGGAGAAAUUAAUAUAACACAAAUAGUUGAUCGAGAAGCAACCCCAAUGUUCCUGAUCACCUGCCAGGCUUUGGAUGAAUGGGGAAGAGACGUAGAGAAUCAUCUUGUACUUACAGUUAAAAUUUUAGACAUCAAUGACAAUCUUCCAGUAUUUUCACAAAGCACAUUCUUGGGUGAAAUUGAAGAAAACAGUGCUGCAAAUACCCUGGUGAUGGUGAUAAAUGCAACAGAUGCUGAUGAACCAAAUCAUCUAAAUUCCAAAAUUGCCUUCAAAAUAAUCUCUCAAGAGCCUGUGGGGCAACCUAUGUUCCUCCUAAAUAGACUCACCGGGGAAGUUCGUUCAAUGACCAGUACCCUUGAUAGAGAGAAAAAUAGCAAGUAUAGCCUGGUUGUAAGUGCUGCAGAUCUCGAUGGAGCUGGACAGGCAAUUGAAUGUGCGUGCCAGAUUAUAAUUAAAGACGUCAAUGAUAAUUUUCCAAUUUUUAGAGAAUCACAGUAUUCAAUACAGAUUAAAGAAAAUACUCUUAGUUCUGAAGUGAUUCGAUUUCAAGUAACAGAUCUGGAUGAAGAGUUCACAGAUAAUUGGCUUGCAGAUUAUUUCUUUACCUCCGGAAAUGAAGGAAAAUGGUUUGUAAUAGAAACAGAUCCAAAAACCAAUGAAGGAAUCCUGAAAAUGGUUAAGACUCUGGACUUUGAACAAUUUCAAACAAUGGAACUUGGCAUAGCUGUUAGAAACAAGGCUCCAUUUCACCAGUCAAUUAUCUCCCAGUAUCGAAUCCAUUCAACUCCUGUCAGAGUUCAGAUUAUAAAUGUAAAAGAGGGAAUUGCAUUCCACCCUACUUCAAAGACUUUUGAAGUACAGAAAGGCAUAAGUUAUAAAAAACUGAUCAAUUACGUUGUUGGAACAUACCAAGCCAUCGAUGAAGAUACUGGCAAACCUGCAUCAUUUGUCAGAUAUGAGUUGGGGCGUAAUGAUGGUGGCUUUUUAGCCAUUGAUUCCAAAACUGCUCAAAUUAAAUUUAUCAAAAACCUUUCUCGAGACUCAACAUUCAUAGUCAAUAAAACAAUCACAGCUGAGAUUCUGGCAAUAGAUGAUAACACAGGAAAAACAUCAACAGGCACCAUAAUUGUUAGAGUGCCAGAUUUCAAUGAAAAUUGUCCUAAAGUGACCACUGACAGGGUAACAGUUUGUCGUACAUCUGGAUCAGUUAUUGUCACGGCCAAACCUCUGCAAAACCAGCCAGACACUGGACCUUUCACAUUUUCCGUAGUUCAACAGCCUAUGAGAACCCCCGUUACAUGGAGUGUUACAACAAUAAAUACUACCUCUGCAAAACUAGAAACCCAACAAACACUGUCUUCUGGAACCCAAUCACUUUCUCUCCUAGUUACAGACAGGCAAGGUAUGAGUUGUGAAAUACUGGAGACUCUGGAAUUACAGACCUGUGACUGUGAUGAGAACCAAAGGUGUGUCAGUGUGGUUCCUUUCCCAGAUGGGAACAGGCAAAAAGGAGGACCCUCAGUAAGCCUUGGACCUGCCGCCAUUGGUCUGAUCUUUCUUGGGCUUUUGACGUUGUUGUUGGUUCCCCUUCUGCUCCUAUUUUGUAACUAUGGGGCAGGAGGUAUAGGUGGUGUUGGAUCUGGAUUUAUUCCUGUUCCAGAUGGCUCAGAAGGAACAAUUCACCAGUGGGGAAUAGAAGGUGCCCAGCCACAGGAUAAGGAGAUCACAAAUAUUUGUGUGCCUCCAAUAACAGCCAAUGGAACUGAAUUCAUGGAAAGUUCUGAAGUUUGUACAAAUGCCUAUGCAACAGGGACUGUCGUGGAAGGAACUUCUGGUAUAGAAUUAACAACCAGACUUAGAGCAGCUUCGGGCUCAGCAGGAACCACAGGCCUAGUUGGUGCUGGGCACUCAGGAACAAUGAGAACAAGACAUUCCACUGGAGGAACCAUUCGGGAAUAUGCUGAAGGAACAGUAAAUAUGAAUUUCCUGGACACCUAUUUCUCUCAGAAAGCAUUUGCCUGUGCAGAUGAAGAUGAUGGUCAAGGAGUAUCUGAUUGCCUCUUAAUAUAUGAUGAUGAAGGAAUAGAAGCUCCUAGUUCUCCUGUAGGUUCUGUUGGCUGUUGUAGUUUCAUCGCAGAUGAUUUUGAUGACAGCUUCUUGGAUUCACUAGGGCCAAAAUUUAAGAAGUUGGCAGAUAUAAGCAUGGGUAUUGAUGAUGAACCCAAACCCUCUCAGGCACCUGAGAAAACAAACAUUGCUGUACCUGGGACAUCUGGAUCACAGUCAGCAUCUGCCCCAUCCACACAUGGAACUUGUCCACCUACUAUCAAUGUUACUUGUCCACCUGCAACUUUCUACAGCAAUGAACCUUCAACUCUCCCAGCUUCUGGGUCUGUCUUUCAGCCUGCAAUUCCAAUACCUGAUCCUUUGCUCCAGGGUAAUUUCUUGGUGACUGAGUCUUAUACUACUUCUGGUUCAUUCACACAGCCUUCCACUAUAGUCUUUGAUCCUCGGCUCACAGAAAAUGUGACAGUAACAGAAAGGGUGAUUUGCCCCAUUUCAGGUGUUUCUGGCAUUCAAGGCAACUUAAAUGGUCCUACUCAGUUAGGAGGGUCAUGUAAUGUGACCUGCACACAGGAUCCAUGUUCUCGACUGAUAUGACCAAAAUCAAUCGGAAUGGAAUAAUGACCAAAGUUGUCCAUUUUGUCCUAUUACAUAGCCCAAAGACAUUAUUGGCUAUUUUUAUAGAAUGUCUAGAAUUAUGACCCAAAUUCUUAAACUCAGAUAAUAAUAUAUGGUUAUGGCUGAUACAAAAACAUUACUUGAAUGAUGGGGAUUCUGACAUCAAAAAGAAAUCUAUGAAUAUUUUCACCAGGCAAAAACUGUGUGAUGAAGUUUUCAAUCAUUCUCUUUUUGCCUUGCUAAUAAGGGCAACAUAGCAUAGUAUAAAGAGGACCAACCACAGAGUCAAGAAGAAUUGGGUUCAAGUUGUACUUCUAAUAGGUACUAGUUCUAUGUCCAUGAGUGAGUCAGUCUCACAGUUUGCCCAUACUUCCCUCUAAGACAGUGAGUUAUAAACAAGUUGCCCAUAUGUAUUGGUGCAGUGAGUUUCCAGAUGAGGCUUUCCUUAGCCUAAUAAAAUCAGAGAUCCUAAUUUACAGUUUGAUAAAGGCAAAUAGAUUUGUACCUCCAAAAGCAUGCAUUUUAGAGGGCUUAGCUCCAACUUUGAAGGUAGGAGAAAUGGGUUUUUUUCUUGACCGUGUCACCCUUUCUUAUUCUUGGUAUGUUGUAGACAUCAAAAGCUGUCUUCAGAAGCACUUUGAGUUGAUAGGAGAGAAAAAUAACAGUAUAUAUUCAAUAUAAUUGCUCACUUCUUAGUAGAGGAAGCAACAUUUAUGCAAAAGAUAUAUAUAUGAAAUCAUUGUCAUGCAUUGAUUUUUGCUACAUCUGCCAUGCUGAUCAGGAAAAAAGUGAACGGCGCGCUAAAGAUUUACCAAAAUAUGUAGGCACUUCCAGAAGUAUGUGAGCAAUAAUUAAUAUAUUCCAUUACCUUGAAAGAAUCUCAUCCAAAGAUUCCAACUCGGCAUCUCUGGUUUCAAGUAUUUCUCAUAAUGAUAUUGGUAAGUAUCACUCUACUUACCUCUAUAGUGUAAAUAGUUCCAUGUUAAAACACAUUAGUGGAAAGAUGUUAUCUAUCUAGGUGGUCAGGUAUAAGUAUACUAGGAUAGCAUAAGGGUUCUAAAAAAUAAAUGUUCCCUGAUUAUGAUAGCCAUGUGCCUAGGCAUCCUAAACAAGCUUUCAGAAAAAUUUAGCACCAAAUCUCUUUCUGAUAAAUGACAAGGAUGUGCCAAGGCAUCAAGGGCCACUUUUUAAAUUCUAGUGGUGCUAGUUUGGCAGCCAUGAUGAAUGCAGCAAUCUUGUGCUCUGCCAGAGGUGUGAGUUGAGUUCUGAAAGAAUAGAAUACAUUGCCUUGACAAUUAAUGUUGUUCUUUUAAUUUUUCAAGCUCUUUCCACUCAUUCAAAAAAUUCAUCCUUUAGAUUAUAGAGUUACUAUCAAAUUCCAUUCUAAUUUUUCAUGAAAUCUAAAAUAUUUGCUUUUCUCCUCAGUAUCUAGACAUAAUCCAGCAAAUAUGUUGUUAGUUUCUUCAGAUUCAAUGCAAAGUAAUUAAAUUUGAGAAUUGCUGAUUACAAAAUUGCUUUCUGUAGGAGAGUAUCAACUCUAGGAUUCAUAAGAGAGAAUGGAAACCCAACUGUUGUCUCUCCUAGCCCUUAAAGAAUGUUUGAGUGCUGAAUGAGUGAAACAUUGAAAGCAACUCAAUAAAUAUUUACUAAAUGUCUUCUCCAGGACCAUGCCUGCCCUACUCUUUCUUUAAAGAGGUAGAGGUUCUUACCUUGAAGCACAAAUGUGCCACUGUGGAUAUAAUAGCAGUUAUCAAGAGAAAACUGACAUAGCUCUGCCAUUACAAAAACCCUCAAAAAGAAACUGAGUUUAGGGAACACACAACUUUUGUACUGUGUAGAUGAAAGCUCACUGUUUUUCAGCAGUGGCUAAAGUGUUUAUAUACCUUCAGGGAAUCUUUAUUUCCUUCCUAAUACUAGACUAUCAGACUUGUGUAAUAACAAUUUUAUUACAUUAACAAGAAACAGAAGGAACAAUAGGAACAGUGUAGUAUAACAGAAAGAGCAUUGGAUUAGGAAUCCAAAGAUGUAGAUCAUAGUUCUAUUUCUAUCGUUAACUUGCUCAUGACUUCCUAUUCCUCCCUUGCCUCAAUUUCCUAAUCAGUAAAGUUAGGUGGUUGGACAGAUGAUCUCUAUGUCCUUUCUAGCUCCAUAACAUUAAGAAUACUCAGGAAGAAAUGUUUCUCUUGUGGGGAGUGGAAUUUUGUUUAAAUAAGAUGUUUAUAUAAAUGAAAAAUUAAGAUCAAUUGUGUUUUAAGUUGAAAAAAGUACAGUUCUUUGAAUUUGUAAUGUAGCUUUGAGUUUCUAUGUUGAAUUCAAUUCAACACUAAGAUGUUACUUUUUUGGUAAUUUUUUCAAGAAAGUAAAAUUUGAGGUAAAGAAAAGAAAAAAUUUCAUGUUUUUAUUUGUAUUAUUAUUAAUUCUGGAAAGCAAAUGUGCAUGCUUUAACAAUGAAACUUUGUUAUAUUAAAAUAUUUUUGUCAAAUAUCUAUUUUGUGAGUAUUUUCUUAAUUAUUUAAUAGAAACCAAAGAAUUAUCCACAAAUCAUAAUUGUGGAACUCAAGACUAAAAGAAAAUAAGAGUAUGCCACUGAGAGGUGGAGGGAGCUGAAACUAAAUAGUGAUAUAACAAAAUCAUUAUUUCACUCUUUUCCAAUUGGCAAAGAGACAGAUAGGUAAGGUUCUGUUCGUGCCCAGACCAAAUUAGGGAUAAUCAAGACAGAACACUUAAGAUUGGUUGUGACUAUUGAAACUGGUUCCUCUUUUUUUUUUUUUUUGUAGUCUGCUACUAGGUAAAACCCUGACAUUCCGUGGGGAAUGUGUCAUAGAAGUGGAAAAAAAAAAAAGAACAGAUAAUAGCCCUCUAAGAUCUAGCAUAGAUGAGGGCAGGGGGAGGGGAAGAAAAGGAAGGGAACAAAUACCUAUUGUGCUUAGGAAAACAUACCAAAUCCAAAUGCUCUUGUACCAGAUUUAGUUUGUAUUCAAAGAAUCCCUGUGGUAUUUUUCUUUUCUUUCUUUUUUUGUGUUGCCAUUUUUAUAUUUUUACAUAUAACAACGUAAAUAAUAUAAUACAUAUUAUUUGUUAAAAUGUGUAAUAAAUUAUAGCAAAUAUUUCACCUCUACUAUAUCCAAAAAAUGUAUGUCUCUUUUUUUCCCCUCCCACAUCUCACUCUCCCCACAAGACAUACAGUGUUUAUACUAGAGAAAAUUUUAUGGAGGAAAUACAGUGAAGAAUGAUGUUUUAAUCUACAUUCAGACUCUAUUCCUUCUAUGGUAGUGUAUAUCCUUUUUCAUCAUGGGUCCCUUCGAGUUGUUCUUGAUCCUUGCCUUCUUGAUAAUAGUUGUCAUUCACAAGUGAUCAUCACACAUUACUAUUGUUACUAUGUAUUCAACUUUAAUUAAAAUGCUAUAGUACAAUGUUCUCCUGGUUCUGCUCACUUCACUGUGCAUCAUUUCAUACAAGUCUUUCCAGUUUUUUUCUUAAUACCUUGUUUGUCAUUUCUUAUGGCACAAUAUUAUUCCAUUGCAAUCAUAUACCACAACUUUUUCAGCCAUUCCCCAACUGAUGGACAUCCCUUCACUUUCUAGUUAUUUUCCAAUGGAAAAAGAACCAAUAUAAAUGUUUUAGAACAUAUAGUUUCUUUUUACUUUAUCACCUUAGGAAAUAAAACCAAUAGUGGUAUUGCUGGAUCAAAAGGAACACACAGUUCUAUAACUCUUUGAGUAAUUCCAGAUUGCUCUCCAAAAAUUGUUGGAUAAGUUCACAGUUCGACUAACAAUAUGUUAUUGCCCUUUUUUUUUUAUUUCCCAUUUGCCAUUUUAUCAUUUUAAUCAAUCUGAUAGGUGUGAGAUGAUAUCUUAGGGUUGUUUUGAUUGCAUCUUUCUAAUCAAAACUGAUUUAGAAUAUAUUUUCCUAUAGCUAUAUAAAGCUUUGAUUUCUUCAUCCCAAACUUUCUGUUUAUAUUUUUUUACCACAUCUUUUCAAUUAGGGAUGGCUUGUUCUUAUAUAUUUAACAAAGUUCUCUCAUAUCUCUUUAGAUAUGUCUU